AUGGCUAAUAUGGGCACUCGAAGCCUCGUGGCUCUUUCCUCAAGCGCUGGUGUCACUCCAUGUCGAGGCCUUGCGCCGUUUAGCAUCACAGGUCGCAUGCGAUCCAAGCGACGUUCGAUCUCGUUCCGCGAUUCGUCGCGCGGCAUAACUCUCAGAUGCACCUUGGCAAGCGAUGUCGCAGAGGAAGCGGGUGCGAGCGACGACGGUGCAGGCAAGAACGUCGCAGAAUCGCGGUGUUUGGAUCUGCAAGGAAUCGGGAUGAGAUUCGGCAACCGCGUGAUUCUGGAUGACGUGUCGCUCCACGUGAAUCCGCGAGAAAUCGUGGGUCUACUGGGUCCCAACGGCGCGGGCAAGAGCACCACCUUCAGCAUCGCCGUCGGCCGCGAGACCCCGACAGCUGGCGCCGUGCGAUUGGGCGGCGCUGACGUCACCGGCCUUCCCCUGGAGCGGCGGGCGCGGAUGGGCGUGGCGUUCCUGGCGCAGGAGGCGAGCAUCUUCCGCGGGCUGAGCGUGGCGGAUAGCAUUCGGCUUGUUCUCGAGGAGGGGCCCCUGCCGCACCAUUUGCAUGACGCCCGGAUUGAGGAGCUGCUACGCAAGUUCGACCUGGUCCACGUGGCACACACUCUCGGGCGCCACCUGUCAGGUGGAGAGCGGCGCAGAGCGGAGGUAGCCCGAGCCCUGGCAGUAAAGGACAGCGAUUGCAACCCGCCACGGCUGCUAAUGGUCGAUGAGCCGUUUGCAGGUGUGGACCCCAUCGGAGUGCAGCUGAUGCAGAGCAUGCUGAGCGCGCUGAGGGAGCACGACGGCAUGGCCAUUCUCAUCACGGACCAUAAUGUGGCGGAGACACUGGGGGUGUGCGACCGCGCGUACGUGAUGCAUGAAGGAAGGGUGGUGGCGUGCGGCACGCCCGAACAAGUGUUGGAGGACCCCCUGGUGCAAAGGCUUUACUUGGGGCCAGCGUUUAGUCGUCAGGCAAUGCUGUGA